CGCCGGGCGUCUCGGCUCAGGGCUCGCACCAUCCUCGCCCGAAGCCAGGCCCGCACAGCGCUGCAGCAUGAAGAGGAAUGUGGAGCGAGCUGCGCCCUGCCCGGGGCCCGACGACAGCGACAGCUUGCUUUCGAGGCAGAAGCACAGGUUGCUGCAGGCCAGGGACGAGGGCGACCUGGCCGAGCGGAGGAGGCACGACCUCAAGCAGCAGAAGAGCCAGCUCUUGCGGCGCCUGGUGGAGGAGUUGAGGGCAGAGUGGCUGGAAGCCCCAGACCAGCUGGUCCACACCCUGGAAGGCCUGUAUUUGGCGUAUCUGCUGGGUGGGGGAGGGGGGCGGACCGUGGACAAUGAGCCCGGGCUGGAAGGGCCUGCCCAGCGAGGGGCCCCUGGGCCUCGAAGGGCCGGGGAGAAGCACAAAGCCAGGGAAGAGAAGAGCCGCAGAGAAGAGCCGGCGCGGCCGCAGCCCUGGUGCCCCAAGUCCCAGAGGAGGACAGGCCGGUCUCACUCCCCUCCUGUCCCCAGCCCCCCGAGAAGCGCAAAGGGAGACGCGGGCCAGCGACCAAGACCUGCAGCCGCCGUUCCGGGGGCCCUCUGGCCGCCCCAGGGGAGACCCAGCGCCUGGAGGGAAGGGGGCAGCUGAGCAAGGGGGCAGCUGGGCUCAUCCGGGGCCCGAGCAGCGGCUCUG